AUAAGCUUUACCGCGUCUCCAAAAGGACCUUUUUUUUUAUUAUUGCUAUCGUGCGUGUGCGUGAGCUACUGUGUGCGUCUUGCGUCUGUGUGUCUGUGUGUCUAUUUCCCAGCGCCUUUUGAAAAGAAACCCUCCAUACGCAUUUCCUCUUUUUUUACCUUCUUCUUUUCUUAUUCCAUCCGUCGUCAUGGAUCAAAACGCCGUUUAUCAGUUGUUCGUCGCAACGUACCAUCCCGAUCCGAACGUUCACAAACAAGCCGAACUCAAUAUCAGAAAUCUUGAAACUCAUAAUGGCUUUGUUCCCGUGGUUUUGCAAAUCCUCGCUUCUGAAGAACUCGAAUUGGGCGCUCGUCAAGCUGCCGCCAUUUACUUCAAAAACCGUAUGAAUAAGGCUUGGGAUCGAUCACGCACAGCCACCAUACCUAUCAAUGAAGAAGAUCGUACCAUGGUUAAACAAACCAUUCUUCAAGCUCUCGUCACAGCACCUAAUGCCGUAAAGGUUCAAUUGACUUCGUGUCUCAACACGAUCUUGAGCAACGAUUUUCCCGACCAAUGGCCCAACUUUGUAAAGGAAUUGGAGACGUUUUUGACUUCCUCGGAUGUUCGUCUUGUCUAUGUCGGUUUGUUGGCUUUGCGUGAAGUGGUCAAAGUGUACCAAUGGAAAUCCAUGGAACGACGAGAACCUUUGCAGCACAUCAUUCAGUUGACAUUCCCUGCCAUUCAAUCGAUCUGCAAUAAUCUCGUGACCUCGGACAGUUUGGAAGCGGCCGAGAUGCUCAAAUUGGCUCUUAAAAUUUAUCACUCGGGUAUCCAGGUGGAACUUCCCAAAUGUCUUCAAGAUCCUUCGUCUUUGGUGCCCUGGGGCACUUUGUUCUUGCAAUUAGUAGAUAAGCGGAUCCCCAUGGAAGCGCUUCCUGCAGAUCCCGAGGAACGCGAGAAAUACCCAUGGUGGAAGACCAAGAAGUGGGCUUAUCACUGUCUGAACCGUUUGUUUACCAAAUACGGUAAUCCUGCCUUGCUCCCUCCCAGUGCGUCCAAAUACACAGCUUUCGCCAAAGGUUUUGUUGCCAACUUUGCACCCAAUAUCUUGCAAACGUAUUUGAAACAAGUGGAAGGCUGGAUCAAGAAGGAAUUGUGGAUUUCAAGCAAAUGUCUGGCUUUGACAGCCGCCUUUUUUGAUGACAGUAUCAAGCACAAGACGACGUGGGCCAUUCUCAAGCCUCACACCGAAACCUUGGUGGCACACUUUAUCUUUCCUCAAUUAUGUUUCUCGGCCGAAGAUGAGGAACUGUGGACAGAGGAUCCCGUGGAAUAUGUGCAUAAAAAGGUGGACCCCUUGGAAGACUUCCAUUCGCCUCAGACGAACGCAACCAACUUUUUGAUCGAUCUUGCACGUGAUCGCAAGAAGCAUACUUUUAUGGGCAUUCUUGGAUUUAUCAACAGUGUACUCAACAAGUACUUGGAAACCCCCGAAGAGCAAAAGGACGGUCGUGAGAAGGAUGGUGCUUUGUGCAUGAUUGCUUGUCUUUCGCAUCAAGUCUUGAAGAAGAAAUCUCCCGUCGCCAACAUGAUGGAACCAUUCUUUGUCACCCACGUAUUCCCCGAAUUCAAGAGUCGCUUCCCCUUCCUUCGGGCCAGAGCUUGUGAUAUGGCCAAACACUUUAGUGAUUUGGACUUUGCCAAUGAACAGAAUCUCGCCAUUUUGUAUCAAAACGUGCUGGAUUCACUUCGUGAUACGGAACUUCCCGUCAAAGUGCAGGCGGCUUUGGCUUUGCAACCCAUGAUCCGUCACGAAAGCGUUCGCAAUGCAAUGGUGCCUAACCUUCCUUUCAUCAUGCAAGAAUUACUCAACUUGACCAACGAAAUCGACAUUGAUACCUUGGCUUCGGUGAUGGAAGAGUUUGUGGAAGUGUUUGCCGAGCAGUUGACACCGUUUGCGGUUCAGCUGUGUACGCAAUUGCGCGAUACGUUUUUGCGUAUUAUGGAAGAUUUGGCGCAAAGCAACCAAGCCGAGGAUGAUGAAGAGUUCACAGGUGACAUCGACGAACUGAGUGAUAAGACGAUGGCGGCCAUGGGCGUUCUCAAGACCAUUGGCACGUUGAUCUUGAGCUUGGAAAGUACUCCGGAAAUUCUGCAACAAUUGGAAAACGCGCUUUUGCCCGUGAUCACGUACACUCUGGAGAACUCGAUCCUUGACAUUUACGAUGAAAUCUUCGAAAUCAUUGAUUCUUGCACGUUCUCGGCCAAGCGAGUCACGCCCACGAUGUGGAGUGUGUUCGAACUGAUCUACAAGGCAUUCAAAUCAGAAGGCAUUGAUUACAUGGAUGAAAUGUUGCCUCCUCUGGAUAACUACAUUUCCUACGGCAAGGAUGUGUUUAUCAGCAACGAAGGUGUUCAGCACAUGAUGUUUGACAUUAUCGACACCGUCAUGAAGAGUGAUCGUUUGGGUGAAAAUGACCGUGUCUGUGCUUGCAAACUAAUGGAAUCCGUGUUGCUGAACUGCCGAGGUCAUGUGGAUAGGUUGGUGGCGCCUUUCCUCAACUUAGCUUUCCAAUACAUCUUCACCAACGAGAUGAAGACGGUGGAGUUCAAGGUGCACUGUUUGGAAGUGGUCAUUAACUGCGUCUACUAUAACCCUGCGCUGACCCUUCGCCUGUUGGAAGAAAACCAAUGGACCCAAGGCUUCUUCACCAUGUGGUUCAACACAUUAGACAAAUUCUCAAGAGUCCACGAUAAGAAGUUAGUGAUUGUUGCCCUCUGUGCUCUGUUGGAAUUGCCUGGUGAUCAAGUCCCUGCGUCUUUGCAAGCUGGUUGGUCCCAGAUCUUGGCAGGCAUCUUGAAUGUAUUCAAGAGCUUGCCCAAGGCCAUGGAGAAUCGCGCAAGCAUGGAAAAACUGUAUGGUGAUUUCGAUCAUGAUGAUUUCGACGGUGAAGAUUUUGAUGCCGACGAAGACGAAUUGGAAGAAGGAGCAGAUGAUGAUGAUGUGCCUGAUCAGGACAACGAGUAUUUGGAAUAUCUCGCUCAACAGGCCGCUACCCAUGCGGAUGACGAUUUCGAUGAAUACGAAGAUGAGAUGGAGGAAGAGAUCCUGUUCGAAUCACCUUUGGAUGAGAUUGAUCCUUACAUCAGAUUCGAACAAGUAUUCCGAACCAUGCAACAAAGCAAUCCUUCGGCGUACACGCAACUGACCAAGGAUCUGGACGCGGACCAACAAAACUAUGUCAUGUCUGUCUUAUCAACGGCUGAACAGCAUCGAAAUCAACCUGCCGUCUCUACCAGCGCAGCUUAAAAAAGCGACGUACUCCAUUUCGAUGUUUAUUUUUUUUUCUCUUUGUUCCUUGUUCUACAUUUGUACGUGUGUGUUUGCUUUAAACGUUUUAUAACCUUUCCUUUUUUUUUUUGGUCUUUUGCAUUUCAACCUUCCUGUGGCCCAUUGAGCCAUCUCAUGUCUUUUUUUCUCUUUCUUUUCCUUUAUUACAUAGAGUAGUUUUAUCGCAUUGAAUUUUUCUUCCUUUUUUCUUAGUUUAGUUUCUAUUAUUCUCGAUUCAAAUGAUGUUAAAAAAAUAGUUCUGCCUCUUUAACACUGUAAACGUGAUUGCUGUAUACUUUUUGGCUUCUUACAUUUAUGCACAAUCAAAGUUUGCGAUGCGUUUGCUUGUAAAGAGUACCC